AUGACCCUAGUCUCAGAUGAUCCCAGUUGGUGGCCGAUAAUCAACUCGUAUGAUAUUUCCAGCUAUUUUGCAGUUGCUGCCUCUGCUGGGGUAAUAUACGACUGGGCACUGACAUUCGGACAAGAGGUCGAACUGAUCUGGGGGCAACGCUGGUCCCGGAUGACUGCUUUCUAUCUCGGUGCGCUAUCUUGGAAUAAUAAAUGUUGUCGGCAUACAGCCGGUGUUCCAACAAUCCCGGUGACAGAUGCAGGCUGCUAUAUUAGUUAUGUCGUCCUAGACUGGAUCAGCGUCGUCGUAAAUAUAAUCCUGGGCGUCAUCAUGAUCAUUCGGUUGCAUGCCAUGUCCCAGAAAUCCAGCAAGAUGUUGAUACUUCUCGUUGUCCUCUUCUUGGCUGCCAACACCUUCGACGGAGUGGUCGCCGCAUUAUUCGUGAGGAAAACUUCAGGAGAGGUGUUAAUUCUCUCCGGCACCUACCAAUGCACUGUCAACUACGAGGUAGAUGCCCUAUUUCUGGAUUCCCUGGCUUGGAUACUCGCCAUUGUAUGGGAGGUCCUCGCACUGUGUCUCGCAGUCUGGAUCGUUGUAAAACACUUCCGUGAAUUGCGACGACACUCAGUAGGAGAGAUUGCUGGAGACUGUUUUAUGAUGUUAAUAAAAACUCACAUGGUUUACUUUGGAAGUUCCGCACGCGGUAGCUUUGUUAUUGUUUCGUGCUCCAACCUCGUUUAUAUAUUUUCACCGAUCUCAGAGGACACAUCUUCCCUGGAAACUCAGGUUUAUAGCGGUGUCUUCCAAAUUUUCAUGUUCGUGCAGAUGUUCGUGCUGGGACCACGCCUCAUCCUUAGCGUUCGAGAAUAUUACGCGAAGCUUGUGGCUGGUUCAUACUCCGGUGCAGGAACUCCCGUCGUAUCAAUUGCUUUCCAGGAGCGUGUGCAUGUGUCAACUAGCAGCAGUGUGUAG